AUGAACAAAAAAAAAAUUCUAGAAGAACUGCUUUUAAAGAAGUCACAACAGAAAUAAAAAAUAACCCCAUUAAAUUACAAGAAAGGGUUGUUUAUUCUGUCAAAGACAAACAUUUCUUAUGAACAUGACAAAAGGAGAAAAGGAAGCAAGAGGGGAUCAACUGAGAUUGAGAAAAUCUGAUGUGUUGAGACACUGAAUCUUGAGGAAUCAACACCACCUCCUGCAAGACUUUUCAGUUGUCCUGCUCAGAUUCCUCCUAGAGCCUCCAUCAAUCCCAAUUCUACGGGCAGUGGGACAUGCAGAUGUGAGAAGUGGCCAAAGAUCCCCUCCUGUAGUGCCAUGGACAAACCUUGCCACAGCAAGCAGCAGGCUGCUAGAAUGGGAUUCUCUGUUGUACAACUAGAUGGGAUUCUCUGUUGUACAACUGGGUGUGUGAAACCACUGCCUCCAGUCCUUCAAACUCUCUUGAAGCGUGGAAGCCUGCCCCAGAGACUAUCACCAGAGAAGUCAGUCCUGAAUGUGGCUGUGGCCCAAGGCAACUACAAACCUGAAGGUAAUUCAGCUAUCCAGCUUGUCAGAAGCAAUAAAUACUGUGUAUCACAAGAAAAAUAUUCUGACUGUAAAAAAGGAACAGUCAAAUUACAUGUGUAUAAAACCCCUGAGCACAAGUAUUACCUUGCUGAAAAUUAUUGUUUUGAAUCAAUUCCCAAACUUAUACACUACCAUCAGCACAACUUCACCAGUUAUCCUAUGUUCCAGUAUGCAGUAUCUACAAAAAUAAAUAAGGUUCCUUCCCCAGCCCAUCUGAGCCAUGGAAUCUGGGAGUUGAAAUGAGAAAAAAUUGUCCUGUUGAGAGAGCUAGAGAGUGCUCAGUUUGGAGUGGUACUUCAGGGAAAGUGGAAGGAAAAAUAUGAAGCGGCUAUAAGGAGGAUUAAAGAGGGAGCAGAAGAUGAACUCAUAGAAGUUCAGGCCAUGAUGAAAAUUAAUAAUCCCAAACACUUUAGAUUGUACAAUGUAUGCUCAAAAUUAUAUCCUGCCUAUUUAGUGACUGAAUACAUGCCUAAUGACUAUUUGAUCAGCCACCUAAGGAGUCAUGGAAAGGAACCUUCCUACCCUUUAACUUUUUUGAAAGUAUGUUAUGAUCUUUGUGAUGCUGUGGCAUUUCUGGAGAUCUGUCAGUUCAUACAUGGAGACUUGGCUGCUAGGAACUGUUUGGUUGACAGCAAAAUUACUGUGAAAGUAUCUGACUUUAAGAUGACUCGAUAUGUUCUGGAUGAUCUGCAUAUAAAUUCUCUAGGAACCAAGUUUCCAGUGAAGUGGUCAGCAUCCAAAGUUUUUCAUUACACAAAGUCAGAUGUAUGGGGCUUUGGUAUCUUAAUGUGGGAGGUGUUCACUUUGGGAAAGCAGCCCUAUGAGCUUUAAUAUAGUAUGCCAGUGAUUGAGAAAGUUUCUCAUGGAUACAGAUUUUAUAGACCACAACAGGUUUCAAACACCCUCUACUAGAUAAUGAACAAAUGCUGGAAUGAGCUUUUAUCAGCUUUUUAUCAGCUCUUACCAUUUUUUAAGGCAUUGAGAAAAGGCAACAGAGGUUGA